AUGGGUAACGUUUGCGCCACGUCCAACGCCACGGCAACCAAGACGGCUGCCUCUGAGAAGCCAAAGCAGGCCCCCGCAGAGCCAAAGGAGGUCGCCAAGCCAAGCGCAGCCCCUGCUGCCAAGAAGGAAGAAGCCAAGCCCGCCGCAGCUGAGCAGCCCAACAAGAACGACCCCGUUCUUGAGCCCGGCAAGGUCUACGACGCUGUCGAUGCCGAGCUUGUUCGCCACUUGCUCUUUGAUGGCCAUGACCAGUUCCAAGCCAUGGCAAACGCCUGCAAUGAUCUGGAGACCAUGAACAGCUGCUGGCUUCAACUUGACCAGAACAACAACGGCAUUGUGUCGCUCUCGGAGAUUAAGAAGUUUGUUCAGGGCCAAGGCUGGGACGUCUCCGACCCGGCGCUGAUGCAGGCGUACAAGUAUGCGACGGCCCGUGGCGAUGACUUUGUGCAGCGCAAGGAGUUCCCCCGCCUUGUCCGCGGCAUGAUCUACAUGAACCGCCUCUGGGACCUCUUUGAUGAGAUUGACUCCUCCGACGACCGCAGGAUUGAUCUUGCUGAGUUCAAGGCUGCGUUUGAGAAGCUCAAGUAUCCGCUGACAGAUGAGGCGGCUGCCAAGGCCUUUGACGACCUCGACAAGAACGACGGCGGGAUGGUUCUGUUUGGCGAGUUCUGCCGCUACAUGGCCAAGUUGGUCAGCCCAAAGACGAUUGAGUUUGGCGACGAUGACGGCAACAGCGCCCCUGCCCCCGCCCCUGCCCCCGCUGAGGAGGAGAAGAAGGAGGAUAAGAAGGAAGAGAAGAAGGAGGAUAAGAAGGAGGAUGAGAAGCCAGCACCCUACGAGUCUGUUGACGCGGCACUCGUGCGCCAGCUGCUUGUGGAGGAUGAUGACGACCUCAAGACGAUGGUCGACAACCUCGAGAACAAGGAGACACUCAAGGAGUGGUGGGGACACCUGGACCACAACAACAACGGCAUUGUGUCGUUGGCCGAAAUUAAGAAGUUUGUGCAGGACAAGAACUGGAAGGUGGCUGAUCCGGCGCUGAUGCAGGCGUACAAGUAUGCGACGGCCCGUGGCGAUGACUUUGUGCAGCGCAAGGAGUUCCCCCGCCUUGUCCGCGGCAUGAUCUACAUGAACCGCCUCUGGGACCUCUUUGAUGAGAUUGACUCCUCAGACGACCGCAGGAUUGAUCUUGCCGAGUUCAAGGCUGCGUUUGAGAAGCUCAAGUAUCCGCUGACAGACGAGGCGGCUGCCAAGGCCUUUGACGACCUCGACAAGAACGACGGCGGGAUGGUUCUGUUUGGCGAGUUCUGCCGCUACAUGGCCAAGCUCAUCAGCCCAAAGGCCGUCGACUUUGACGACGACGAGGAAGAGGAGAAGAAGGAGUGA